GUAACAUUUUGUUGUUAUUAUUUGUUACAUAUGCAUUGACCAAAUUAUGGCAUAGAUUUAAGCCAAAAAUUUUAAUAACCUCAAUGGGUAAAGCGGUGUUAAUAACGGGCUGUGACACAGGGCUCGGCCACCACCUGGCGCUGCGUCUCAAUGAACGCGGGUUUCGAGUCUACGCGACCGUCGUAUCCGAGUCCAGUGCCGGCGCACAGCAGUUGACCUCUAAGGCACGGUUUGCCCAUAAAAUGCAUGUCAUAGGCAUGGAUGUGACCAAACAUGAUCAAGUUCAAAAAGCAUACGAUUACGUGACAUUGCAUUUAAAUGAAAAUGGUCAUGGUGAUUGCUUGUGGGCGCUGGUCAACAACUCGGCUAUUGUUGACGAUAGCCUCGUUGAGUGGGGAUUACCUGAGAUCUAUGAACAUGUAUUUGCCGUAAACAUGUUUGGUGUGAUACGAGUCACUCGCACUUUUUUGCCCCUCAUCCGCAAAUUAAAAGGUCGUAUAGUGAACGUGGCCAGUGUUGCGGGUCACAUAUCUCCGCCACUGUGCGUGUGGUACUCAAUGUCGAAACACGCGGUCAUAGCCUUCUCGGACACAUUACGCCGGGAAAUGCGGUCAUUUGGCGUACGCGUGGCCAUUAUAGAGCCCGGAGGGUUUAGCACUCAGGUUACCAACGAAACGCUCAGGCAUGACAAGUUGUGUCGCACGUGGCAACACACUAGCGACCAGGUGAAACAAGCUUACGGUCCGAUAAAUGAGCAUGAUAUAAAAGCGAUGAUCAGGGCCAGCAUCGGUUUGUUCCAGCUCAGCACAAAUCUCGAUAUCGCCACCAACGAUAUGAUCGACGCCAUACAGAGCGCUGAGCCCGGGCUCAUGUAUACACCGACCGAAAGCCUGAUGGUUAAAAUAAUGGCAGCAAUCAUGGUUUGGAUGCCAUCCGCGUGGCUUGAUCAAAUUCUUGGCUUAACUAAUCCGGUUAAAUAUUCGCUCUGUAUGGCGUCGAUCAUAUCGUUGGUGGCGAUAUCGAGAUUUGUGCUGAGCUGGAACAAACCGAUGCUGGCCCUGAUCAUCGCUAAGUUUUGA